AUGAGUGCUACCGGCAAUCCAAUCUUGGAUUAUGUCCAGAUGUUGACUACGGUAAAGAAGGGUCUUCCGUUCGGUCAACCGGUUUGCGCGUACCCCUCCCACACCAUCUCAACCACGGCUCAGCUCGCAAAGCUUGCUUCGGAGCUCGGUCCCCACAUCGCCUUUCUUCAAGUCCAAGCCGAAAAUAUUGAAGAUUGGGGUCAACAUACCAUUGACGAGGUCACAUAUUACGCCAAAAAGCAUGGAUUCAUACUAUGGGAGGGUAGCCAAGUUUUGAACUCCACAGUCAACUUCAUGGGACGUGGGUUAGCCAAUCUAGAGACCCGCAAGGUUCUAGCCGACUUCGUUCACCACAAAUACACCAGCGGAUUAUUGAGGACUGCACAAUGGUCGGGGUUGGCUAUCUCAUGGGCACCGGGCGUGCCAUAUGAUCAACAAGAGAAAGACCUCUUAAUUCCGUCUCUUCGCAAAGCUGCCCGCGCAGCUGUAGCCGCCACCAGCAAAACCAUUCAAACCGAGAUCUCCGCCCAGGAGAGCGACUCGAUCCCCGAGGACGAAGAACCCCCCUUAUCUCCACCUUCGAAAAACGGCUGGCCCGAAUUCACCGGCGGUAAUAAUGGGAACAUCUUGCGAAAGUCAUCCACUAUCUCUGUUACCGAAUCGGUAACAAUGCAGCCUCAUGUUGAAACAGACGAGGGCAUCCCUCCUCCACCUCUACUCGCCCGUGGCAUGACCCUCUUUUUACCAUGCUCCAUUGACACGGCUUUCACGCACGAAUUCCGCCAGAGCACAAUAGCUGCCGGAUGCGCCAACUCCGAUUUCGUCGCUGGGUUCGUCACAAGCGAGCCAUACUUCCCCAAUUACCGUGGCAAUAACCUGUUGGAGCUUGCCUACGAAGACGGCCAUGGCAAUCGGAACCAGGAGGGCGGUGACUACCUGCUCAAGAAUUCCCCAUAUAUGGAUCAGGAUCUAACCCUCGGCUUGUUUUCUCUUAUACCCCCGGAGAUCAUUCUGGAAUACCAUGACGAAUAUAAAGAUACCAUCGACUCAGACUCAGAUUCUGAUUAUACUGCCAAGCUGUUCUUCAUGAUGGAUCAUGCCAUGAAGAUGCGCGAGGCUAGUCGCCAAGAGAAAGAACGUCAACCUCGUGAGGACGACGCUGACAGGCCCAGUCCUACUAUCUUCCAAGUUCCUGUCGUCAUACUUCCUUGA